CCAUAAUGAAAUAUUACCCAAUCAUACAUUUUCUCAUCUCACUUACUAAUAAUAAAAUGCCAAUAAGGAAGUGACUCAACAGCUAAAACUCUCAAGAAUAUUACACUUUUUUUUACAAUAUUAUAGUAUAGCUUGAAAUGUGUACAAUGAAGAUUGUGCUUCUUCAAUCUAUGUUCUUUUCUCUUUUCCUUGUUUCCUUUUCAGUAUUAGCAGCCACUUCAAAAUCUAAGCUCCCUCAAGAGGAAGUGAAAGCAUUGAAAGAGAUUGCAAGAAAGCUUGGGAAAAAAGAUUGGGAUUUCAAGAAAGAUCCUUGUAGUGGAGACGGAAAUUGGAGUACUGCUGUUACUGUUAAAGGAGUUGAGAGCUCUGUUGCUUGUGAUUGCUCUUUUAACAACAAUUCCACUUGCCAUAUCACCUCCAUAGCUUUGAAAGCACAGAAUAUUUCAGCAAAUGUUCCACCAGAAUUCACGCAACUUCGCCAUCUUAAGCACUUGGACCUCAGUCGCAAUUAUCUUAGUGGUUCAAUCCCAUCUCAAUGGGCGUCGCUGCGCUUGCUUGACCUCUCUUUAAUGGGAAACCACUUGUCUGGUCCAUUCCCAAAAGUGCUCACCAGAAUUACUUCGCUGAGGAACCUGAGCAUUGAAGGAAACAAAUUUUCAGGAACGAUACCUCCAGAAAUUGGCAACAUGGUUCAUAUAGAAAAGCUCGUGCUGUCAUCAAAUGAAUUCACCGGAGCUUUGCCAGCCACAUUAGCCAAGCUAACCAACUUAACUGAUCUGAGGAUAAGCGACAACAACUUUACUGGAAAGAUACCAAAAUUUAUCAGCAGCUGGACAAAAAUUGAGAAACUGCAUAUGCAAGGCUGUUCUCUUGAAGGUCCCAUUCCUUCUGCUAUAUCUUCUCUGACAAGAUUAUUUGAUUUAAGGAUCAGUGACCUAAAAAGUGGACAAUCUGGUUUUCCGCCAUUAGAUAAUCUUGAAUCCCUGAAAGUACUAAUACUAAGGAAGUGCUUAAUUCAUGGAGAAAUCCCUGAAUCUAUUGGGGACAUGAAGAAAUUGAAGACACUGGACCUUAGUUUUAACAGCUUGUCUGGUGAGAUUCCAUCAUCCUUUGUACACCUAUCCAAAGUAGAUUUUAUGUAUUUGACAGCAAACAAACUUACUGGACCUGUUCCUGAGUGGAUAUUAUCAAGAAACAAGAACGCAGAUGUUUCUUAUAACAAUUUUACAUGGUCCUCAGCACCUUUUGAAUGCCCGCGUGGAAGUGUAAACUUGGUGGAGAGCUAUUCUGCGUUGGGACAAGAAUCAAACAAAAUUCAUCCUUGCCUGAAGCGGAAUUUCCCUUGUUCUGAGCCAAGAGAACGGCAACAAUAUUCUAUGCACAUUAAUUGUGGAGGCAAAGAUGUAACCAUCAAGAAUGGUACAAAAAUUGCAAACUAUGAAGCUGAUUUAGAACGCAGAGGUGCUUCUACAUAUUAUUCAAGACAUAACUGGGCAUUUAGCAGCACAGGAAAUUUUAUGGACAACGAUGUUGAUUCUGAUGUCUAUAUCGAUACCAAUGUCUCUGCCCUGAAUAAUGUCAAGGCCUCUGAACUGGAAUUAUACACUACUGCACGUGUAUCUCCGCUAUCUCUCACAUAUUAUGGACAAUGUCUAAUGAAUGGAAGCUACACUGUCAAGCUCCAUUUUGCGGAGAUAAUAUUCACAAAUGAUACUUCAUUCAGCAGCCUUGGAGAGCGUAUAUUUGAUGUCUACUUGCAGGAAAAUCUGGUGUUGAAGGAUUUUAACAUUGCAAAAGAGGCCGGUGGGCCGGGUAUUCCCAUUGUGAAGACGUUCACAGUAAAUGUGACAAGUCACACGCUGAAGAUCCAUUUUUACUGGGCAGGAAGGGGAACUACAGGAAUUCCAGUUAGAGGGGUUUAUGGUCCUCUAAUUUCAGCUAUAUCAGUCGAUGCUAAUUUUCCACCUCCUCUGCCUGCUCUGGCUGCUCGGCUGCCUACACCUCAAAAGAGUAAAAUUCAUGUUGGCAUGUUGGCCGGGAUAAUAGCUGGAUCAGUAUUUCUUGUCCUUCUGAUCAUUGGAAUCUUGUACAAAAGAGGUUGUCUAGCCGAAAAAGCUGCUGAUGGAGAACUUAAAGGACUGGAUCUACAAGCUGGACUAUUUACUCUCAGACAGAUUAAAGCCGCGACAAAGAAUUUUGACCCAGCUAACAAGAUAGGGGAAGGUGGUUUUGGCUCAGUUUAUAAGGGCCUAUUAUCUGAUGGAACAGUAAUUGCAGUGAAGCAACUUUCUGCAAAGUCAAAACAAGGAACUCGAGAAUUUUUGAAUGAAGUAGGAAUGAUCUCGGCAGUACAACAUCCAAAUCUUGUAAAGCUUUAUGGAUGUUGCAUUCAAGGAAAUCAAUUAUUGCUAGUCUAUGAGUACAUGGAAAAUAAUUGUGUAUCUCGUGCUCUUUUUGGCAAAGGCCCAAUCGGUAAAAUGAAAUUAGACUGGUCUUCACGAAAGAAGAUUUGCCUAGGAAUUGCAAGAGGUUUAGCAUACCUCCAUGAGGAAUCGAGCCCUAAGAUAGUCCACAGAGACAUCAAGACCAGUAAUAUUUUGCUUGACAAGGACUUCAAUCCUAAAAUAUCUGAUUUUGGCUUAGCAAAACUACACGAGGAUGAUACUACCCACAUUAGUACCAAGAUUGCAGGAACUGUGGGUUACAUGGCACCAGAAUAUGCGAUGCGAGGCUACUUAACCAGUAAAGCAGAUAUUUACAGCUUUGGAGUUGUUGCAUUGGAAAUUGUUAGUGGGAAAAGCAAUACAAAUUAUAGGCCAACGGAAGAUUGUGUUUAUCUUCUUGACUGGGCUUAUGUUUUGCAAGAGCGUGGGAGUUUAUUGGAAUUGGUUGAUCCCGACUUGGGUUCCGACUACUCAUCAGAAGAAGCAAUUGUGUUACUGAAUGUUGCCCUUUUAUGCACUAAUGCAUCUCCAACACUUAGACCAACAAUGUCUCAAGUGGUAAGCAUGCUCCAAGGCCAAAUCCUUGUCCAAGAUGUCCUUUCUGAGCCAGGGAUGUCAACAAGCGGUUCAGGAUUCAGAUCGAUGAGAAGUCACUUCUGGCAGACUCAAAGCCUAACUGAUGGUACGUGUACUGAUUCCACUGUCUCAGGUGGAAAUGCAGAAGAAAUUGGGAUACUUCAAAGAGUAGAGCCUAAUGUAUCUAGCAGUUGAACGAAAUGUAUGUUAACGCCAAGUGUAUAUAUGAACAUUCAAAUGCUUAAUGAAGAUUAAGUUUAUUCUUUACAAAA